CCUAUUUGACAUCCAUCUAAAUUUUGCCACGUCAUGAUCAAUCCACUUUGAAGGUGUUUUAUAGUCGUUAGGUAACUUAACGGUGGUUGAGAGGCGUUGUGGUUUGUCUCGCUUCUGGGUUUUGUGUUGUGAGGGUUUUAAGGGUUUUUGAGUUUCAAAAUACUUCCUUUUCUUCUCGUCUUUGAAGAAGAUGUUGCCCUUUUGCUUGUUUCAGUCUCCUGAAACAAACACAGAUUUAAAAAUUAAGCAAAACAGCAAGGCAAAGCAAAAGAUGAAGGUCGAGCAAAUUUGUCUCUCGCUAAGGAAAGUUCCAUUGUAGCACGCAAUAAGCAAUGAUUGGCAACCACAAUGGUUAUACAAUUGAACAGCAGAGCAGGCUUUUUAAUCUGUGUUUGCGGCUUCAUAAUCAACCUGCGUUGGAAAGGUUCCAGUGGUAAUUUGUACACAAUCAUUUGAGGAAAUAUCAAUGGGGCAUUGCAAUGGAGAGGGAUCCUAAAGUUUCUUUUCGGAACUGAAAUUCAGCUCUUCUCUUUAUUAUGGGAGAUCUUCAAGGGAGUUUGUCUUCUUGCUCCUCUUCCACCACUUCACUUGAUCUAUACCCGUUGUCAAUUGAUUCUGAACUCUGGUUAAUGGCUGAGCAAAGGACCCAAGAGAUACUUUGGAUUAUUCAACCUGCUAUGGCUUCUGAGCAGAAGAGGAAAGAGGUUAUUGAUUAUAUUCAGAGGUUAAUUAAGGGUUAUUAUGCAACUGAGGUCUUUUCAUUUGGUUCGGUACCAUUGAAAACCUAUCUUCCUGACGGAGAUAUCGAUCUAACUGCCCUCGUACAACAAAACAUGGAAGAGGAUUUGGCUAGAGAAGUCUGCAAUAUACUCAAAUAUAAAGAGCAGGACCCAAAUUCCGAAAUAAAGGAUGUCCAGUAUAUUCAAGCACAGGUUAAGAUUGUAAAAUGCUGCGUGAAGGAUAUAUCAGUUGACAUCUCUUUCAAUCAAUUGGCCGGGCUUUGUGCUCUUUGCUUUCUGGAACAGGUUGAUCAACUUAUUGGGAGAGAUCAUCUUCUCAAACAAAGUAUUAUAUUAAUCAAGGCCUGGUGCUUUUAUGAGAGCCGAAUUCUUGGAGCACACCAUGGCUUGAUUGCAACAUAUGCUUUAGAAAUAUUGGUCUUGUAUAUCAUCAAUAUCUUCCAUGCAUCUCUACCUGGUCCUUUAGCAGUGCUAUAUCGAUUUUUGGACUACUAUAGCACUUUCGAUUGGGAAAAUUAUUGUGUCAGCAUUAACGGUCCUGUGGCGAUAUCAUCCCUUCCUGAAAUUGCAGCAGAAUCACGAGAUAAUCAUGGGAAUGAGUUAUUGAUCAGUCCAGAGUUUCUGAAAAACUGCAGAGAGACAUUUUCAAUUCCAAUAAAAGCUGUUGAGAAUGGGGUCCAUGAAUUUGCUGUUAAGCAUAUCAACAUAUUGGAUCCUUUAAAAGACAGUAACAACUUAGGGCGUAGUGUCAGCAAAGGAAACUUUCACCGCAUAAAAUAUGCCCUUGCUUAUGGGGCUCAAAGACUUGGGGAAAUCCUUAUGCUGCCAGGAGAAAGCAUGGGAGCAAGACUGGAGAAAUUUUUUGUAAAUACUUUAGAUCGCAAUGGGAGGGGAGAAAGGCUAGAUACACAAGUUCCUGUACCUGCAUUUGGCACUGGAAGAUCUGAGGUUUCUAAUCUCACAGGAGACUAUGACAAUGACUACAUCGGUCUACUGCAAGGACAAUGGUAUCACAAUUAUUCAAUGCCUGUUUCUCCCCAGAUCAGUCCACCAUCAUCACCUUCUCAAAUCCAGCAGAGAAGUACCUGGGACAUAAUGUCUCAGUUUCUGCAACACAAGCAAAAUGCAUUUUUUCAAAGAGGGAAAAAUGUAUAUAUCCCGAGAUUGGUACCCUAUCAUCCAUAUGGUUUACACCUAUAUGCCACUACUUCUGGUAUCAAUGAAAUGGGGAAAUCACGAGGAACAGGCACAUAUAUACCUGAUGUGAGCAAUCAUCCUUACAAAGAUUUGUUAUCAUGCACGAGGGUGAGGAAUCCAGAUUCUUCAACUCACAGUCCUGUAAAAUUGUCUCGAAAGGCUAAGGAAGUUGAAGUUGAAGAUGAUCCAGAGGCAGAGAAGAGCAAGAAUGUUCGUCACCUUGAUCUUUCAUUGGAUGAAUUCAAACCACACAGAGAAAAGGGUGAGAAUAGCAGCUCCAUGAAUGUUUCACUAGAUCAAUUCCCUCAUUUGCCCUGCCUCAAGAAGUCCACGUCAUCAGAAACUAGCCAAUCCUGUCAGCCCAUCUCAAACUCCCCACAGGCCAAAGAGUGCUUUGCCGCCUUAAGAAAUAUCAACUUCGGGACUUACAGGCAUUCAUCAUCACGAUUGUCAUCGACUUCAUCAAUGGCAACUAAGAAAGUGGAUAGUGGAGUUCCAUCCACUUUGGAGAUAACGUCGUCGGCUAUCCCAAAAAUGGGAAAGCUGAAGCAACAAGAAUCACUGGAGACUGACAAGGGGUCAGACAGCAAACACAAACCCUUGGUUGAGGGGAAAAGGGUUGUGGAUGGAAGAUGAAACCCGCAAUGGCAAAAAGAAAGGUUGAUGCACUACCCUGAAGUAGAUAGUUGCCUGCAUGGGAACAGCAGUACUAAUACCUGUCUCUUAAGACUUGAGAAAUACUUUUUGUUUUUGGUUCCGACUUUCAAAGCAUAAUGCAGAAAGCAUUUGUAGAGGAUGGUAGCUGAGUUUUGUCAACCUUUUACCCCUUUUUGGGUUUGUAGAGUUGUACUUGAAAAAUGUUAGCGUGCACUGCAAUUUUCUGGAGCAUACUUUUUUAUCUGCAAAAUCCCAGUUAAGAAGAUAUUUUAAGAGUUGUGAAAUAAAUUUUCUUCCCCUUCAAGCCCACAAGA